UUUGUUCUUCAUUUUCCUCUUAAUUUCUAUUUCUGAGUUUGCGUUCACAUUGCCACAUGAAAACACAAGGGAUGUUCAUCCAUACCACCAAUUUUACAAAUAUGAAAUUUCGUAAUUUUCUAACUGAAAAUUCCGAUCUCAAAAUCUCCAUGGUAAUCGACGACGAUGGCGAUUUUCCGACGCCGGCUAGUUCUGAUUCCGCCAAUAGCCGGCCGAGUAGCGACGGUUCACCACCGAUAUUUUCGCCGUGGAAUCAGACUUAUCCCCUGACGAAAUCUCCCUGUUUUACGGAAUCCAAAAACGGCGACGUUUACUGGAAUAGUAGUAGUAAUAAGAGUAGUUCUCUCAUUGGGUCUCUUGUUCGUGAGGAAGGUCACGUGUACUCGCUGGCCACCGCCGGCGAGCUUCUCUACACCGGCUCCGACAGCAAAAACAUUCGUGUCUGGAAAAACCUUAAGGAAUUUACUGGGUUUAAAUCGAGCAGCGGAUUAGUUAAGGCGAUUAUAAUCUCCGGCGAAAAGAUCUUCACCGGUCACCAGGACGGGAAAAUUCGCGUCUGGAAAGAGACUCCGAAGAACCCAAGUGGCGGUUACCGGCGGGCUGGAACGCUGCCUGCUUUGAGAGAUGUACUGAAAAGCUCCAUUAACCCUCAAAACUACGUCGUUGUGGGACGGAACCGGAGCCGGCUUUGGUUCAAGCAUGCGGAUGCCGUGUCGUGCUUGUGCUUGAGCGAUGAUAAGACGAUAUUGUACUCGUCUUCUUGGGAUAAAACUAUGAAGGUAUGGAGAAUUUCAGAUUCCAAGUGCCUUGAAUCACUUACUGUCCACGACGACGCCGUGAAUGUCAUCGUCGCGGCUUCCGAUGGCUUGGUCAUUACCGGCUCCGCCGAUGGCACCGCCAAGGUAUGGCGGAGGCAACAUGAAGAAGAGAACGACGCAACAAAACACACAUUGGAGCAAACGUUGGUGAAGCAAAACAGUGCGGUGACGGCGGUGGGAGUCAACGCCGCCGGUACGGUGGUGUACUGUGGAUCCUCGGAUGGGUUGGUCAACUUCUGGGAGAGGGAAAAGCGGUUGACUUAUGGUGGAGCCCUAAAGGGGCACAACCUAGCAGUUCUCUGCCUGGCGACGGCCGGGAAUUGCAUGGUACUCAGCGGUGCGGCGGAUAACACCAUAUGCGUGUGGCGGAGAGAUGGGCUUUUCCACACGUGUGUAUCGGUGCUGACGGGUCAUACUGGACCCGUUAAGUGCUUGGCUGUCAAGGAAGAUCCUUGCCGCCGGUGUAAAGAUGGCGGUCGGCGGUGGAUUGUGUACAGUGGUAGCCUGGACAGAUCGGUGAAGGUGUGGGGGGUUUCCGACAGCCUUGGCGGCUGACGAUUGGAAUCUGGAUAUCGGGCAAAUGGCAAGGUGCCACGUGGGUGAAACCAUAUCAUUAGUUUGUAUAGUUUGCAUGUAGGUGUCAUGACAGGUGGAAAAUGUCAUGAUUUUCGAAAGAAAAAUAGCGACAAAUUCGUUAUUACCAA